AUGGGCGACUUCAAUGCCAAAAUAGGAAGAGGAAAAUUUGAAGAAAUAGUUGGAUCCUACGGACUGGGAGAAAGAAAUGAGGGAGGUGAUCGACUUCUACAAUUUUGCCAAGAAGAAACCAUGAAAAUAACAAAUACAUGGUUUGAUCUACACCCUCGCCGCCUAUAUACCUGGAAAUCUCCAGCGGACCGAACAGGCAAUAUAGUUCGUAACCAAAUAGAUUUCAUCCUCGUUAACCAAAGAUUCAGUUCAACCAUCAAGAGAACUUGUACAUAUCCUGGGGCGGAUGUUCCUUCUGAUCAUGUGCUAUUGACGACCGUCAUGAAAAUUGCUUUGUCAAGUCAGAGAAAGUCGACCACACAGCGACAGAUCGCGUUAGAAAAAAUGAAGGACCCAAUAAUAAGAUCUGAAGAGGCUAAUGAGAUAAACUCACAAAUUCAAGUAAUAACAUCGAGUAUUGGAGACAGGCUAACGGAAUCUUGGAAGAACGUAAUGGACGUUAUAACAAACUCAAUGCAAAGCAGAUUAGGAUAUGAAGUAAAGAACAAAAAGCAAAAAUGGAUGACAGAUGAGAUCUUGUAUUCAAUGGAUGAAAGGCGGAAGCACAAGAACAAAAAUGAUAACAACAUGUACAGGGAUAUACAAAGGCUCAUUAGAUCGAAAAUAAGAAUAGCAAAAAACGAAUGGCUCAAAAGUGAAUGCAAGGAAAUUGAACGAAUAAGAAAUCAACACGACAAUUUCAAUCUGCAUAAAAAACUUGAAGAGACUGCUGGCAUAUAUAGAAAAGCUAGAACUACUGUAACAGACAAUAAAAACAACCAGAUAGUCCUCGAGAGCAAAGAGAAAACCAAUGUUUGGGAAGAGUAUAUAAAAGAAUUGUUUGAGGAUGACAGACCCCCAGUUGGCUCCAACAUCUCACUAACCGGCCCAUCAAUAACUAAAGACGAGAUCGAAAAAGCAAUACGUAGCUCAAAAAAUAACAGAGCGGUUGGCCCAGAUAAAAUUCCUUCAGGAAUACUUAAGCUCCUGGACGGAAGAGGCAUCACAGCACUUCACACAGUAUUUAACACUAUAUAUGAGACAGGUCAUUAUUCCAAACAGUGGUUGUGUUCGACUUUUAUUCCCCUGCCUAAGAAGACCAAUGCAAGAAAAUGUGAAGACCACAUACUAGCCUGA